AUGCAUACAAAUCCUAUUGUACGUCCGAGACGCCUCAAGAGAUCGGCCUCUUUUGGCGGCUCUCGCGGCUCCUCUAGAGCUGUGGAAAGAACGUUGACACAACGCCUACGGGACGUUCGAUUAGACCAUCCAUACGCCAAACCCAGUGAGGCCAAACCCAGUGAUGCCAACGAUAUGGACUGGACUAUCCAUGUGAUUGAAGGCACCCUCCAAGAUCCCAUGCUGUCGGAUUCGCCGCGUGGCCAGACGUACCCUUCAUUC